CAGCGUGCUGCUUAGUAGUCCUGAAGCUGCCGUUUGUAAUAUUGCACAGAUCUUUCUUUCGCCAUUAGCAAAAAUGGCCUCCCGUCAGCGUCUCGCACGGGGCAUUUGCAGCUUAUUUGCACAGCGGGGUUCUGCAGCCUGCAAGGGCCCUCAGGCGGCUGGGCUCAUGAUCUCGACGGCGCAGCAGUCGGCGCAUCACAACCUCCAUCAAGCCGCACAGCUGCCGCUGCUGCGCUGCGCCGCCGCUGCCUUUUCACGCUCCCUCACCACCAGCGCUUCAUCUCUAAACAGUAGCCUCAGUAGCCUGCUCCGCGAGGAGCUCGAUUUCGAGAAGAAAAAUUACGUGCGCCCAGAGCAGGUCUCGGGCGGCCCUCCCGCGCCGUUCAAGCUCACCGAAGCCCCAGGCGACACGCUACUGACACUCUCUCGCACCUACAAGAACGAAGAAAUCUCCAUCGACCUUCACGUCAACAACCAGCCAUCACCGCCGUACGAGGAUGAGGAGGCCGACGAGGAAGGCAUAACAAUGGUUGCCUUUAACGUCUCGGUACUCAAAGAAGGCAAAGUCCUCCUUUUCGAAUGCGAGAGCGACGGCAGCUCGGUCAACAUCAACCACGUUUCCUUGGAACCUAAAGAAGGCCUUGCCUCCGAAUCCAUGUACUCUGGGCCCGUGUUUGAGGAGCUUGACGACAGCCUGCAGCGCAAUUUCUUCUCAUUUCUGGAGGAGCGCGGAAUCACCGCCGAGCUUGGCGAGUAUUUGCGUUUCCUAAUUUACGACAAGGAGCAACGGGAGUACCAGACGUGGCUGGGCGAGGUGGAGAAGUUUACAAGCAAGUAA